AUGUUACAAAGAAAUAUUAAAUCUGUGUAUUUUUUUAAUAGAUGCAAAAAAAAAAAUGUAGAAAAAAUUGUAUUGAGAAUCAAAAAUUCAGCUGAUCAUUUAGUUAAAGAGUUUUGCACAAAUAAUACAAGAUAUAGGAAAAUAACCGUUAUUCCAUUUGACAAAAAUUCAAUAAAAUUAGAAUAUAAAAAUAUUCCUUUUGAUUUGGAUGAUUUAAAUCAAAAGAGUAAAAAAGAUAUAUUAAAUAUAUAUAAAAUUAUAAGAGAUAAAAAUGAAUUAAGUAAAUUUCCAAAUGAUUUUGUAGACAAUUUAUUUGAAUGCACGAAAAAAUAUGUUCGUUCAUUGUUACCAUAUGAAUUUGUAAAAAUAUACAAAACAUUAAAUAUUAUUAAAAAAAAUGAUAAGCAAUUAAAUUUAUUAUUGCAUCAACAAAUAAAAAGGAUUUAUAAAAAUUUUGAUAUAACAAGUAUAAGUAAAUUAUUUCAAAUUUAUGUUUUUACAAAAUCAAAACCGACAUAUUUAAUAAAACAAUUGUCGGAAGUAUUUAUGAAUAAUAUAAAUGAUAGCAAGCCAUGGAAUAUAAGAGAAAUUAUAUCCAUAUUUUGUUAUUUUAAAAUUGAUACAAAGGAGCAUACUGAUUUAAUUUAUAAAAAAUGUAUUCCUCAUAUAUCAAAAAACAUAAUGAAUUAUACACCAAAAGAUAUAACAUUAAUUUUUUAUAGUUAUGUAAAAAUGAAUAAGCAAAAUACUAUUAUAUCUAAUGUAGUAACAAAAAAUGUAAUUUUAAAAAUAAACAACUAUCAAUUUUAUCAACUAGCAAUUAUAUUGAAUAGCUUCUCGAAGAUAGGAGAAAAAAAUAACAAAUUAUGUAAAGUAAUAUGUGAUAAAAUUAAGAAAAAGAUAGAAUAUUCUAAAAAUUCAAAUAAUAGUUAUGAUUCAAGUUAUGCUAGUAAUUCAAACAACUUAGAUAAAUAUAAAUACGAUAACCAUAUUAAUUUGAAUAAAUGUAGUAAUAAUAAUAUUACUUAUAAUUUAAAUGAUUCAUCUAGCAAAAGAAUUCAAAUUACAAAUAAAAUAAAUGUAUGUGAUGAUGAAGUAACAGAAAUAAACGAAGAAAGUUAUACCGCACAACAAAUCAACUUAAAAGAUAAUAAAGAAAAAAUAAAUGAAAAAGACAAUUUAUUAGAAUCACAAAUAUUAAAACCGAAAGAUGUUUCCAUUAUAUUAAAUUCAUUAAUAAAAUUAGAAUAUUAUGAUAAUGAAACAUUUAACUGUUUAAUCCCGUUUAUAAUAAAUAAUGUUUCAUAUUUUUCUCCACAAUCUUUAAGUAAUUUAGUUCACGCCUAUUCACAUAUUCAAAUAAAUAACACGUUGUUACUAGAUAAAAUUGUGAAGGAAUCAAUAAUGAAAAUUCAAAAAUUUAAAAAUAUAGAAAUGAGUAAUUUAGCUAAUUCACUAGUUAGAUUAAAUAGAAAAGAUAAGACAUUAUUUACAUAUAUUAUAGAUGAAUUUUUAUACCGUGCAACUAUAGGAUCAAAAUUUUUAAAUUAUGAUUUUGAUAUUUUAUCAUUGCAACAAUUUGCAUAUUCAUUUAGUAAAAUAGGAUUAAAUGAUGAUAAAGUAUACAUUAUUUUAUAUAAAUUAUUAGUAAAAAAAAUUAAUCAAAUAAACAAAAAAAACAAAAAAUGCAACAAUUUGAUAAAAAUAGAUGAAAAAGAAAAUAAAAAACAAAAAAUAGAGGUUGUAGAAAACACGGAUGUAAUUCCAAGUAGAAAUAAUAAUCUUAUUAUGAAAACUAACAUGAAUUUUGAAAAUAAUUUUGAUUUUUUUUCUUUGGCUACAUUUAUAAAUUCGUACGGUAAAGUAAAAAUUCAUUAUAAAAAUUUUUCUCAUUUUAUCAGUUAUAUAAUAAGGAAAAAAAAAAAAAGUAAUGAAGUUCUUUCUAAUCAAUCCUUAAGUAAUAUAAUAUAUGGUUUACUAAAAUUAGAAAUUAAAGAUAAAAAAAUAUACCAAUUUUUAUUAAAAGAAUGUAUUGAAAAAAUAGAUUCAUUACAACCAUUACAGAUAGUGUUAUUAUUAUAUUCUUUUAGUAAAUUAAAAAUAUAUUCCUAUAAAUUUGUUAAAAAAUCAAUUCAAAUGUUAAGUAUGAACAUUAAUAAUUUAAGUUUAUCUGAUAUAUCAUUGACUUGCUAUUCUUUAUCAAAUUUUUUAUAUAGAGAUGUAAUUUUUUUAUAUAAAGUUAAUAAAAUUAUUCUUUUAAAUAAUUAUGAAUUUAAUUCAAAAAAUGUUUCUCAAUUUUUUAAUUCUUUCACUAAAUUAUGUUUUUAUCAUAAACCCUUUUAUGAUCUGAUAUUUCAAAAAAUUCAAAAUUUUAUGCAUGAAUUUAAUGAAAAAGAAUUAACAAAUAUUGUAUUUUCUUUUAUUUAUUAUUUUCACAUGAAGAUAUUGCAUUUAAAUUCUUUGCAAGAUAGUUCUUUAAAUAAAAAAAAAACUUUUGAUAUAAAACCUGCUAUUGAAGAUAAUUCAAAUAAAUUAAAGAAUAAAUUGAGUGAAAUACAAAUAGAAAAUAUUUAUCCUAUUAAUGAAAAAUCUGACAAUUUAAUUGAUAGAGAAAAUAUGAAAUGUGCAAAUUAUAUUAAUAGAAAUAAUAAGAACACAUCUAAUUGUGAUAAUAAGAAUAAUAUAUUUGAAUAUACGAAUAAAAUUAAUAACAAUAUAGAUAUUAAUGAAGAACUUUUUAAAAAUGAAUUAAAUUUAUUUUUUAAUUUAAUAUAUAUUUUGAAUGAAAAAUAUCGUCAGAAAAUAUCUUUGAUUAGUGUGUAUCAAUUACAAAUUGUUGAUUUAUAUUUAAGAGCAAUUUUUUCUAAUUAUUUUCAGUUUCCUAUUUAUUUGAAAAACUUUUUUUUUAAAUGUAGAAGUGUUAAAUUAAACAUAGAUGACUAUAUAAUAUUAUCAUCAAAAACACAUAGAAAUAUUUCGAAGUUUUUGAAUUUAGUCGGAAUAAGUCAUAGAAGUGAAGUUCAAUUCGGCCCAUAUCAGUUAGAUAUUGUAGUUGAUUUUUUACAAAAUAAAAAAAAAAUGUUUGAUGUGAAUAGUUUAGAAAAUAAUUCAAGUGAUAAUAGUGAUAAUGUAAUUUAUAAAAGUAAAAGAUUAGAAAAAGAAUUAGUAAUUAAAAAGGAAAAUGAAAAUAAAAAUGUAGUAAUUGAGAAAUUAUUGAACAAAAAUAUUUUAAUAGAAGUAGAUGGCAUAUCUCAUUUUUACAAAGAAAGUUUUAGUAGAACUCUUAACUCAAUUAUAAAAGAUUUUAUUUUAAAAAAAUUUGGAUGGAAUAUAAUACAUAUACCAUAUCAAGAAUGGAAUCAAUGUUUUAAUUUUAAAAAAAAAUUAUUAUAUUGUAUACAUAUAUUGAAAUAUAUAUUAGAAAUAAGUAAAGAAGAUAUUUGCAUAAAAGACUUUAUUCAUUUUAUUAAUAAUAAUAAACAGAAAGAAAGUUAUUAUUCAAAAGUAUCAGUAAAUAAUAACAUAUUAGAUAAGAAUAUGUAUUGUGAAGAAAAUGUAAAUAUUGAAAAUAUAAACACAGACAAAAUAAACGAUAAUACUUUACCUGAGUACUAUAAAAUUAGUGAAGAAACUAUUUUUUUAAAUCAAAUAAAGAAUAGAAAUAAACACCAACAAAAUAUUAUGAAAAAACUUAGAGAAAGUGCAAAAAUUCAGUAUAAUUAUAAUAUAUCAUGUCAAAAAAAUGAUGCAUCUAAAAAUCAAAAAAAUAUUUCUAAUUUAUUUUUAAAAAAUGAAGAAUCCGAUAGUGAAGAUGAUGAAAAUUAA